GCACCAAACAACCGACGUUGACUUCUCGACUAAGUGUGAGUAGUACUGUACAUCUCUUUUUUGUCUAAUUUUCAGCCUAAACACACUUCGCCAUGGAUCUUUCGGCUUUUGAACAUUCAGGAGAUGUUGUCCAUCUCAAGUGGAUGCUAGUGGCUAUGGAAAUGGCAGAAGAAGCGUUAGCAGCGCAAGAAGUCCCAGUCGGCUGCGUCUUCGUUCGAGACGACAAGGCUAUCGCGAAAGCGAGGAAUCGAACGAACGAAUUGCGAAACGCUACUCGACAUGCCGAACUCGAGGCAAUCGACGAGAUCCUCGAAAACAAAACCCUCACGCCCCAGAUCACUCAAUACCCGCUCUCAGAGACAACGCUCUACGUCACAGUUGAACCAUGCAUAAUGUGUGCUUCGGCUCUGAGACAAAUGGGGAUCAAGGAAGUGUAUUUUGGUUGUGAAAAUGAUCGUUUUGGAGGAUGCGGAAGUGUAUUGGGGGUGAACAAACGGCUCGAUCAUCCGAAGCACCCGUCAUAUGAAGCGAUAGGAGGGUAUUGCCGCGAAGAGGCCAUCAUGGUUCUACGUCGAUUCUACAUCACCGAGAACAUCAAUGCUCCUAAACCCAAAUCAAAAGUUAAUAGGGUACUCAAAACUGAAGUACUGCCGUCAAGAAAUACUCCAACCCCACCGGGCUAAGCCCUUGCAUCAUGUCUUGUCCGUGUUGAAUUGUAAGUACAUUAUAUGAAGUGGGUUGCGCUUGAGUCAUGAAGGAACAGAAUACACUAAAAUUACUCUAUGACAUAACAGAUGAAUCUAUUCACCAAAACAACACCAUCUGGAAAGACGAAGAAUACAACAACAACGAAGCGCAAAGCGAAACACACAAAUAAUCAAUCGACGAUCCCCUCCCUGCCUCCAAAGAUUCAUGUGUCAUUAAUCUUCAUCAUCCCCAAUAACAUGCGCCUCGGUAGCAUCACCAUCAGGGACGCGAGCAUACCAUUUGUUAGCAGGCUCCUCCAGCUCAAUCGCGCCGUUCUCUGUAUUCGCGUUAGAGGCAUUUCGGCCGCUCGAUGCGUAGAGGUUGAUAAGGGAGACAAUGAGGGUGUAAAUAAUGAAGGACAAGCUGUUGGAGUGGAGCGAUGAGUACGGCAGGGCGCUAAGAGGAUAUUAAGGGGGUGGAAGAAUGCAGCGUACCUGAACAUGAUCAAGAUGUAGGUGACAUGAUCCAUGCCGGCGUCGUGUACCGUCCUGAGUUCUUCAUCUGUGCCUGACAUAAAUAGAAGACUGGAAAGGAUGUCAUAUGAAUAGUUGUUCACUAUGCCAUAACCAAGGAAUACUGACCCAGCGGCAACAAGAAG